UCAGCUUCAAUGAACCAUGGCUUUCAGUUUCAGAAAGUUCUUUUCUCUGAAAUUCUUUCUACCCAGUUGUUUGAAGCCAAAGAAGCUUCUCACAAACCCAAAAUCUCAUGCUUCAAAAAAAAUCUCUCUCAGAAGAAUCUUGUCACUUACUGAUAUGAGUGUCAGGUCAUCUCUCUCAGUUAUUAGUGAUCUUUCAAACUCCUGUAAUGGUUCACACCUUCAAAUUUUCACCUUCAAAGAACUUGAAGAAAUCACUCAGAACUUCACCAAAGGCAACUAUUUGGGGGAGGGGGGAUUUGGGCCUGUUUUUAAAGGGUUUAUUGAAGGGAAUUUCAAGCCUGGGUUGAAGCCACAGCAAGUGGCUGUGAAGAUUUUGGACUUGGAUGGCUCUCAAGGCCAUAGGGAGUGGCUGGCUGAAGUGUUCUUUCUUGGGCAAUUGAGACACCAAAAUCUUGUUAAUUUGAUUGGGUAUUGCCUUGAAGAUGAGCAGAGGCUUCUUGUUUAUGAGUACAUGGAAGGUGGGAACUUGGAGAAUCUGUUGUUUAAAGGCUGUUAUGUUUCAAAUUUGACAUGGUUACAAAGGAUGAAGAUUGCAUUAGGAUCAGCAAAAGGCCUUGCUUUCCUCCACGAAGCCGAAAAACCGAUCAUUUUUCGAGAUUUCAAGGCUUCAAACAUCUUACUAGACUCGGACUACAAUCCGAAGCUUUCGGAUUUCGGGCUGGCCAUCGACUGUCCCGAAGGAGACGAGUCGCACAUCACGACCCGAAUCAUGGGGACCGAAGGCUAUGCAGCGCCAGAAUACAUCAUGACAGGUCAUUUGUCAACAAUGAGUGAUGUAUUCAGCUUUGGGGUGUUUCUGUUAGAGCUACUAACGGGUCGACGAGCAGUCGACAAGAGUCGACCGAGCCGAGAGCAGAACUUGGUGGUUUGGGGAAGGCAUCUGUUGAAAGAUCACCACAAACUUGAGAAGAUAAUUGAUCCAAGGCUUGAGGGGCAGUACUCAAAUGAAGGAGCUAAAAAAGUGGCUGCAAUAGCUUACCAAUGCCUUAGCCACCACCCCAAAUGCAGGCCCACAAUGAACUCUGUGGUGAAGGAUUUGGAGGCUGUGAUUGACAUGAAAGAGUUUCUAAGUGAGCCAUUUGUGUACAUUGCCCCAAGUGAAGACACCAAAAGGGAAGAUGAAGUAGAGAAGAAGACGAACAAGGAUGUGGUGGUGGAGGAGACGAAGCCGAAGAGCCACCAAUCGGAGCGAAAAGGUCAUAGGUAUCGAGUUUCAUUGUCGAGAUCGAGAUCUGGUGCUGUUCAUUCUGAUACAGAUUUGUACAAGAAUCUUGGAAGCAGUUUUUACCCUCCAAAACAAGCUGCUGCUGUUGCUGCUUUGGUGAAAAGCACUUGAAAUUAGUUUGAUUGACUAUAUGUUUAUUAUUGUAGUUAGCCUAAAAUGGACCUUGGACAUAGAAAUUAGAGAGCAAAGAAUUCACARAAAGAUGAGAAAAUAAAAUAGUUUGGAGUUUGGAGUUUUU